ACAGUCAAUUAUGAUUUAUAACAGCUAUUGAUUAUUUAAGUCUACAAAAACGAUCUAAUAAUUACAUUGCUAGAAACGAGAAUUAAUUGGUAGCACAAAACUUGAGUAAUGAAUGUUUGAAUUUCAUUUUGCAAAGAUAGUAAUGUGAAUUAUUAUACUCUUAUGCAUCUUGAAAUGAUACAGGUGGCAGAACUUAUCGAAAAUGAUCUCAUUUUAAUUGGUAGCACAGCCAUAGAAGACAAGCUUCAAGAGGGUGUACCUGCUUGCAUAGAGACUCUUCAAAGAGCUGGUAUUAAAAUUUGGGUUCUUACAGGGGACAAGAUUGAAACAGCUAUAAACAUAGCCUAUGCAUGCAACUUGAUAAACAAUGAGAUGAAGCAAUUUGUGAUUAGUUCAGAAACUGAUGCAAUCAGAGAAGUUGAAGACAGGGGUGACCAAGUGGAGAUUGCACGGUUUAUCAAAGAAGAAGUGAAAAAAGAGCUGAAGAAAUGCCUUGAAGAAGCACAGACUAUUUUCACUCCCUAUCUGGACCAAAAUUAGCUCUUGUAAUUGAUGGAAAAUGUCUAAUGUAUGCAUUGGAUCCAAGUUUAAGAGUGAUGCUGCUCAACAUUAAUUUGAAUUGUCAUUCUGUCGUU